GAAUGCCCAAUUCUUCUGGACUCAUGAACCGCCGUGAUGCCAUUUCCAAAACAGAUGCCACUGUGGUGGCAUUACUGAAGGAAGCUGGUGCCAUUCCCCUUGGCAUAACCAACUGUAGUGAGUUGUGUAUGUGGUAUGAAUCCAGUAACAAGAUCUAUGGCCGAUCAAACAACCCAUAUGAUUUUCAGCAUAUUGUAGGUGGAAGUUCUGGUGGUGAGGGCUGCACACUGGCAGCUGCCUGCUCAGUGAUUGGUGUGGGCUCUGAUAUUGGUGGUAGCAUUCGAAUGCCUGCUUUCUUCAAUGGUAUAUUUGGUCACAAGCCUUCUCCAGGUGUGGUUCCCAACAAAGGUCAGUUUCCCAUGGCUGUGGGAGGCCAGGAGUUGUUUCAGUGCACUGGUCCGAUGUGCCGCUAUGCUGAAGACCUGGCCCCCAUGUUGAAGGUCAUGGCAGGACCUGGGAUCAAAAGGUUAAAACUAGACACAAAGGUACAUUUAAAAGACUUAAAAUUUUACUGGAUGGAACAUGAUGGAGGCUCAUUUUUAAUGUCCAAAGUGGACCAAGAUCUCAUUUUGGCUCAGAAAAAGGUUGUGGUUCACCUUGAAACUAUUCUAGGAGCCUCAGUUCAACAUGUUAAAUUGAAGAAAAUGAAGUACUCUUUUCAGUUGUGGAUCGCAAUGAUGUCAGCAAAGGGACAUGAUGGGAAGGAACCUGUGAAAUUUGUGGAUUUGCUUGGUGACCAUGGGAAACAUGUCAAUCCUCUGUGGGAGUUGAUCAAAUGGUGCCUGGGUCUGUCAGUGUACACCAUCCCUUCCAUUGGGCUGGCUUUGUUGGAAGAAAAGCUCAAAUAUAACAAUGAGAAAUACCAAAAGUUUAAGGCAGUGGAAGAAAGCCUGCGUAAAGAGCUGGUGGAGAUGUUAGGUGAUGAUGGUGUAUUCUUAUAUCCCUCACAUCCCACAGUGGCACCUAAGCAUCAUGUCCCUCUAACACGGCCUUUCAACUUUGCUUACACAGGUGUCUUCAAUGCCCUGGGUUUACCUGUGACCCAGUGCCCACUGGGGCUGAAUGUCAAAGGACUUCCUCUAGGUAUCCAGGUUGUGGCUGGACCCUUUAAUGAUCAUCUGACCCUGGCUGUGGCCCAGUACUUGGAGAAAACUUUUGGGGGCUGGGUCUGCCCAGGAAAGUUUUAG